AUGGGGUUUUACAGUGGUCCUAGUGAAAUUGAUAUACACAAACUUGGAUUUCAUGAAAAGCAGCAGUUGAUUGAUAGGUUGGUGAAGAUUGCUGAAACUGAUAACGAGCAGUUCCUCUUGAAGCUCAAGAACCGCAUCGAUAGAGUUGGAAUUGAGCUUCCGAAAAUUGAGGUUCGGUUCGAGCAUGUGAACGUGGAGGGAGACACAUAUGUGGGAAGUAGAGCUUUGCCUACAUUCAUUAACUUCUUUCACAACAUAAUUGAGGGUUUCUUGACUUCUGCCAAUAUUCUUAAAACUAGAAAGAAACAUUUGCAAAUUCUUCAGGAUGUCAGUGGAAUUAUUAGACCAGGAAGAAUGACAUUGCUUUUGGGUCCUCCGGCCGCUGGAAAGACAACCCUAUUGUUAGCAUUGGCGGUGAAGCUUGAUUCCAGUCUGCAGAGUUCUGGGAGGGUGACAUAUAAUGGCCAUGAGAUGCAUGAGUUUGUAUCCCAGAGAACUGCUGCUUAUAUUGGUCAACAUGAUGUCCACAUAGGAGAAAUGACUGUGAGGGAAACCUUGGCCUUCUCUGCAAGAUGCCAAGGAGUCGGAACACGUUACGAGAUGUUAUCCGAGUUGUCAAGAAGAGAAAAAGGAUCAAAUAUUAAGCCUGACCCUGAUAUUGAUGUCUUCAUGAAGGCGGCAGCAACCGCAGGCGAAGAAGCCAGUAUGAUCACUGAUUAUAUUCUAAAGAUUUUAGGACUGGAAGUCUGUGCUGAUACCUUGGUGGGUGAUGAAAUGGUUAGAGGUAUCUCAGGAGGAAAAAAGAAGCGAGCUACAACAGGCGAAAUGCUUGUUGGACCCGCGAAUGCACUGUUCAUGGAUGAGAUAUCUACUGGUUUGGACAGCUCAACAACUUUCCAAAUUGUGAAUUGUAUCAGGCAAAGCAUUCACAUCCUUGAUUGUACCGCUCUGAUCUCUCUCCUCCAGCCAGCACCGGAGACUUACGAUCUCUUCGAUGACAUUAUCCUUCUAUCUGAAGGUCAAAUUGUCUACCAGGGUCCUCGAGAACAAGUCCUAGAGUUUUUUGAAUCCAUGGGGUUCAAAUGUCCUGAAAGGAAAGGUGUGGCUGACUUCUUGCAAGAAGUAACGUCAGGGAAAGAUCAGCAGCAGUAUUGGACAAGUAAAGAUGAGCCUUACAGGUUUAUAACAGUAAAGGAAUUCUCUGAUGCAUUUCAAUCAUUCCAUGUGGGUCGGAAACUUGGUGAUGAGCUUGCAACUCCAUUUGAUAAGAGGAAGAGCCACCCUGCAGCUUUGACUACAAAAACAUAUGGUGUCAGCAAGAAGGAAUUGUUAAAAGCUUGCUUCUCUAGAGAAUUUUUGCUGAUGAAGAGGAACUCAUUUGUUUACUACUUCAAGCUUGGCCAAUUAGUUGCACUCAAGGUUUUUGAGUUUCUUAUUUUUCUGGUCAAUUCUAGUCCAGAGGCGGCAGCAACCGCAGGCGAAGAAGCCAGUAUGAUCACUGAUUAUAUUCUAAAGUCUCUCUCGGCUCUCGCCGGAACUCGGAAGUCAAGCCUGUCUCCACUGUCUCUCACUCUCAGUCUCUCUCGCUGGAACAUGGCAACACGCAGACGCAGUCACGCACAGCACAGACCUCACACUCUCUGUCUCUCUCACUCUCAGAGUCUCAGUCUCUCUCGGCUCUCGCUGGCCGCUGCCUCGCUGGAACACGCAGUCACGCACAGUCGCACAGACCUCACAGUCACUCAAACUCUUAGACCAGAUCUCAGCUCAGUCUCUCACUCAGUCACUCUCUCUCGCUCACUCUCCUCGGUCUCUUUCGCUCGACACAGCACAGCGGCCAGUGUCUCUGCUCAACUUUGUCCAGAUAUCAGUCCUCGAGUUGUCAAGAAGAGAGAAAGCGGCAAAUAUUAA